AUGGUUGAUGCAAACGUAAAAAUGAUACCUAUUGAUACUCCAUUAGGAAAGUUUAAUGUUUGGACGAAACGUAUCGGAGAUCAUCCAACAAUAAAGCUUUUGCUUUUACAUGGUGGCCCUGGUGGCACGCAUGAAUUAUUUGAAACGUUUGAAAAAUAUCUGCCACAAGAAGGCAUCGAAUUCUACUAUUAUGAUCAACUUGGUUCAUUUGCAAGUGAUAAACCGAAGGAUAAUGAACUAUGGACAAUCGAGCGUUUUGUUGAUGAAGUUGAACAAGUUAGGAAAGCACUUGGUCUAAAUCAAGACAAUUUCUACUUGCUUGGCCAUAGUUGGGGUGGAAUAUUAGCAUUGGAAUACGCAUUGGUUUAUCAAAAGAAUUUGAAAGGUCUAAUCAUUAGUAAUAUGAUGUGCAGUGCACUGGACUAUGCGAAGUAUGCUGAAAAUAUUUUAAGUAAAAGCAUGGAUUCGGAAGUUUUAAAAGAAAUUAAAGAAAUAGAAGCAAACAAAGAUUAUAAAAAUCCAAGAUAUAUGGGAUUAUUAAUACCAAAUUUUUAUAGUAAGCACGUUUGUCGAUUAGAAACUUGGCCUGAAGCAAUACAUCGUGAUUUUUCACAUUUAAAUAGCGAUAUUUAUAUUCUAAUGCAAGGUCCAUCAGAAUUUGGUAUUUCAGGUUUGUUGGAAAAUUGGAAUCGUAGGGAUGAUUUAUCCAAAAUUGAAACUCCAACAUUGAUGAUCGGUGCAACAUUCGACACUAUGGAUCCCGAACAUAUGAAAUGGAUGGCGACACAAGUCAAACAUGGUUCCGUUUUAAUCUGUCCAUAUGGUAGUCAUUGUUCAAUGUGGGACGAUGAAGAACAUUAUUUUCGUGGACUUAUUCGCUUUUUAAAAGGUGUAGAUCAAGGUGAAAAGGUUGAAGCUAUUCUAAACGUUUGA